AUAAUAACAUAUUACAUGGUUUCAGACAUGCCUUUUUACAGUAACAGCUUUAGACGUAUUUUGGACAAGUGGCCUGGCAAGCAACGUCUUGGUAUUUAUAGAUUCUUGCCCUUAUUUUUUGUGCUCGGUGCUGCUUUAGAAUUUUCGAUGAUCAAUUGGACAGUUGGAGAGACCAACUUUUAUAAAACAUUUAAAAAACGACAAGCCAAAAAUUUUGUUGAAGAAAAAUUGCAAAUUACGCAAGCACAAGUUCAAACACCAACCAAAGAAGUAGCGUAAAAGUACAGAAUAACAAUCUUGCAAAAUGCCUGCUGGUGUUUCCUGGGGUCAAUAUAUGAAAUUCCUUUCCGCGGCGAUGUUAUCUAUGAUGGCUGGCUCGCAACUGGUUCAUAUGUACUACAAACCAUUAGAUGAUUUAAAUACAUACAUAGAACGAGAAAUGGAUGCUACAAAUGUACAAAAGUUAGAUAUUAAGUCAACUCCGCCGGAAAAACCAAAUCAAACAGAUGGUGGAAAAAACUCGUAGUGUAUGUUAUAGUGAAGAAAUUGCAAUAAAAUAAAGUUUGAGCAUUUCUCUUUCUGAAA